CGGGAAGAAAGAGGUUAGAAGAGAUGGUAGGGGAGACCACUUCAUUCUCAGCCAGUUUCUUCUCGGCCCUUUCAGGCUAGAAAUUGCGUAGCGCAGAAGAUCAAAACCGCAGGCGACCCAGGCUCAAUAUAUGGCCGUUUAUUGACGUAUUUGUAACGCAGGGAAUGCCACAUUCCGCUGGUAUGCUGAUAACCUCCCGUCUUCGAUCGCUCCUCGCACCAAGAAAGACUCUCUCCCUUUUUCGCUCCGCUGUGUUUUCGCGCUUCUCUCAAACUAACUGAACGCCUGGAAGAGAGCUGAAAGAAGCGACAGAGUGAAAUAAGAAAAUACUCCUGUUUAUUGUGUAACAACCUUGGAACAAAGCGCGAUGACUUGACGCUUUCCUUCAAGCGUUUUCCCAGGUUCCUCUGUGAGCUUGACAAGAAGAUCACGUGCUGAUUUGGCAUAUUGCUGUAGAGAAAAGGGUUCAAGCUGUUCGAAGUCGUAAAGAAAUUCAGAACUAGCUAUGGCACUGAAGGCAGUUUGCGUUUUAUUACCCAACAAUAGCCCUGUGAAAGGUGUGAUCCACUUUGAGCAGGAUGGAGAUGUGUGCAAGAUUACUGGUGAAGUGGAGGGUCUUACACCUGGACUGCAUGGAUUCCACGUUCACCAGUUUGGAGAUGGCACAAAUGGUUGUACAAGUUCUGGCCCCCAUUUUAAUCCCGAAGGUAAAACUCAUGGAGGUCCAGAUGAUGCAAUACGGUAACAAUGUCUCCAGUUAUUGUAAAAUAAAUUGG